UACCAAAUCACGUUACACUGUUGCCAUCCGAAUCGUUGAUAACGAGGCAGAGUCUGAACCGGAAGCGGUUCACUAAGCUGAAGCCGAACGGCGUCGCCGCCCUCCAUAAUCUUCCCCACCACCGCUUUCAGCUAUGCACCUCAAUUCCAGAUAAUCCAUCUCUUCGCCCGAGCGAAUAUUCUCUUCUCAUCAAUGGCUCCGCAAGCAGUGGAAUUCAAUAGAAUUGCUUUAGCCCCGCUCUCCGUCACCUCCCUCUGCUCCUGCCGCUCCAAUUCCGGCCGCCGCCCGAUCUUCCCCAAAUUAACCAGUCCACCGAAUUUUCAAAAAUUCAGGUUCAAUUUAGAGCUAAAUAGUGAUUCCACGCGACGAAUUUACAGAAUUCCUAGCGGCGCUCUGUUCAAAAACCGCCGGCGAGUGAUCUCCGCCGUAGCUGCCGAGCAACCGGAGCGAAUUGACGACAGUGAAUUAACUAACGAGGAAGUUAGAAUAGGUGGUUUAGAUUCAGAAGAGCAGCAAAAAUCAAGUCAAUUGAAGAAAAGGGUUAUAUUUGGGCUGGGUAUUGGAAUUUCUGUUGGAGGAGUGGUUUUGGCUGGACAAUGGGUUUUCACCGUGGCCCUCUCUGCAGCGGUGUUUGUCGGUGCGAGGGAGUACUUCGAGCUUGUAAGAAGUCGAGGAAUUGCUUCUGGAAUGACACCUCCUCCUCGAUACGUGUCACGGGCUUGUUCGGUUAUCUGUUCUCUGAUGCCUGUUCUAACACUAUAUUUUGGCGGGAAUAUUGAUGUGUCAGUGACAUCUGCUUCGUUUUUCGUGUCUAUGGCUCUCCUUCUGCAGAGAGGAAAUCCUCGUUUUGCUCAGCUGAGUAGUACCAUGUUCGGACUGUUCUAUUGUGGCUACCUUCCUUGUUUCUGGGUUAAGCUUCGUUGUUUAGCAGUCCCUGCACUGAAUUCCAGAUUUGUAGCAUCUUGGCCUAUUCUUCUUGGUGGUCAAACUAUAUGGACAGUGGGUCUUGUAGCCACCUUAAUCUCGUUUAGCAGUAUUAUUGCAGCAGAUACAUUUGCUUUUGUUGGUGGAAAGGCAUUUGGUCGAACACCACUUACUAGUGUUAGUCCAAAAAAGACAUGGGAAGGAGCUCUUGCCGGAUUAUGUGGUUGUAUAGCAACUUCCAUCUUAUUGGCCAAGAUUAUGUGCUGGCCUUCUUCUCUCUCGAGUGCUGUAGCUUUUGGGAUACUGAAUUUCUUCGGGUCUCUUUUUGGGGACCUUAUCGAGUCCAUGAUCAAGCGUGAUGCUGGUGUCAAGGAUUCCGGAUCCCUCAUACCUGGACACGGUGGGAUACUAGAUAGGGUCGACAGCUACAUCUUUACAGGAGCCCUCGCUUACUCCUUCGUCAAAAAAUUUCUACCACUCUACGGAGUUUGACGAAACUUCUUCUCUGCAAUCUUCUCUCCUAAACGGUAGAAGACAUUCGUUCGAAACAUCAUGGGACCAAGUACGUACAUCUUGAGCAUCGGACGAGGGAACUGAGAAUAUACACUUGUCAUCACUCAACCAGGUUCUUCCUAUACACGUACAAUAAUUAUUUCGUUUCGAAUUUCUUUUUUCCAAUAAAGAAGAGGCAUUGUGACAAUAAGUCGUUAGAGGUUUGUAGUAACUUUAGUUUUAAUAAGAAACAUUUUUUUUUUCUGUAAUAUAAUUUAAGAUGGAUUAGUUUUUUAUUUCCUAGAAAAUGGAGUUUCUCGAAAAUGCCUA